AUGGUCAUGUCAAAUAUAAUGUGUCCAAUACCGAACUUACACUCUGCCUUCACCCCAAACCUGCUCAUCCAGCAACCAUCAUAUUCAGUCACAAGAGAAUGCAUCUUGAAAUUUAACCAUACAGAGAACCUAAGAGAGAAGGAACGGUUAAAGGAACAACUUACAAAAAAUAUUCUUAGAUGUAAGAGAAGAUUGGGUCUCAAAACCUUAGGCUCUGGAAAGCAUGUGAAUAUCCCUGGUGGGUGGAUUGAAGCAACGUAUCUGGCUCAGUGCAAGGGAGACAUCCAAGAAGAAGCUUUAAAUGUGCUUUAUGACUCCCUGGACCAUGCUUCCUUUGAUUACUGUCAGCUGCCUGCCUUAUUUUUUGUUGCGGAAUCAGUUUUAUAUAGGCUCUGUUGUGAUGCAUUCCAAAAGACGUACUUAUAUUCGGUUGAAAUGAAGCUGGCGAAGAUUGGCUAUUUGGUUUUCUUACGACUUUUUGUGUUUUUCCUGCAUGGUCACCUAGGAGGUUUUAAAGCACAUUUACUUAGGCUUCAACAAUAUUUAAACGUGCUUUCUUUAUCUGAAGAAACGUAUUAUAAGUAUCCAAACAUCUUUUCAAAUGUGGCAUUCAUCCUGAAAACCUCGGAAAUUAUAUAUGAAAGAGUACUACUUUCUGAAUCAACUUUUAGCCCUAAUGGAAACACAGAAGGAUAUGAGAAUGUGUAUUCGGAUAUGGAGGGAGGGUAUGAAGUUAACCACCUGCUCUGGCACUGUGUUGCUGCUUGGUCUUGCGUUCAGAACAACAGUCCUAAGCUGAACAAUGUGCUUGAACAUCUCAACUUCCAUAAAACACAGCUUCAAAAUAAAUGCUGGUUGGAUUCAGCACUGGCUUUGUUGGUCCUUGCGGAGGCUGCCAAAUUAAACAUGGUCUGCCUGAAAGCUUUAAUGGAUCUAGUAAGAGAUUUUAUUUUAAGCAUUAUGUCUGCUCAGAAUCAGGAAGAAAGCUACAAGGUCAACGAUUUUUCCUGGGCUUGGAAUAUAGUCUACACAUACGUAACAAUUCUUGCAGAAAUCUGCUUAUAUGCAGCCACUUCUGAUUUGCGAAAAACUGUUUUUAUUGGUUUCUGUGGCUGUAAAAGUUCACAAAAAAACAUUUCACUCAAAGACACCGUAUCAGAAGAUGAACCCGUAUUAAGGGAAGCAAGCGUUUUAGGCCUUUUGAAAUAUUUUUCUUCAAAAAUAUCAGAAAAUUGUAAUCAACUGAUCUGGACUGGAUACUAUGGAUUAGUGUAUAACCUGGUGAGAAUGUCCUGGGAACUUCGAGGAGAUGAGGAACAGGAUGGGCUUAGGAACACAAUAUGGCAAACAUUACAGAAAACAAAGGAUCAUGAGAAAGAUGAACGAAUUCGUAUUGCAGUGAAGAUAGCUCAGGCUGAGUUAAAUGACCCAACUGAUCCUUUCACUAGUUAUGGUACAAAAGUUCCACCAAAUGUUGGGGAUGAAACUUUGUCCAAGUAUAUAGGAUGGAGAAUUGCCAACACACUUUCCAAACUAUUCUUUCCCUCCAUUGAUGCCUGUGCCGUUCCUUUGAAGAAACUAUCGAUAAAACAAGUUCAAAGGAAAUAUCCUAAGAAAAAGGAGGAUCCUAUGAAGAAGAGAGUUCUACAUUUCACUGUAAGGGAGCAUCCUUCUAAGUCAGAACUCUCCACGUUUCCAUAUCCAGAUUUGUUCACCAGGGUGGAUGAACAGUUGGCAAGAAUUGUUGAUCAUCACUGGCAGGAAGAGCUAAAGAUCCGACAGAAGGAAGAUGCCAUAUGUGAGGCUGAAGAACGUAAAGAUAAAGAGUUAAAGGAGAAAAAUCACUUCAAAGAAAUUAUGAAGAAAAGAGAAGAGAAACUUCACAAGCAAACCAAACCCUAUGAGCUUCCUCCAAGAACUGAAGUAAUUUCAUUAGAGAGCAAAGUAAGACCCAAAGAAAUUGAGCCCCACGUGCCAGAAGCUCAUUGCAAAAAAGAUACUGAGAUAAUUACACAUUAGGAAAACUUUCCUGUGAUUAAUUUAAGGACAUUUUUUAGAAAGGAGUUGUUAUCCUGGUGCAAGUACUUUAAUAGUACUUUAAUAGUCAUAUCUUAGUCCUCAAUUAUAAGUUCUUCGUCACAGUUGAGUGAUUUCAUCAGUUAAAUUUUUCCAAGAAUAUGGCUAAUGCUU